AAUUAUUGUAAUAAACUACGUUUUUUUUAGUCUGUGCUCCGCCAUUUCGGGAUUUGAUAAUCUGACUGGCUGUCGAAUAAGAACAGUUGUUAUGUUUUCCUCCUACCUUCAAAUUUAGCAUUUAUUUUGCACCGUUUACCACGUCGCACGCGUGGCCGUCUUUCCGCCGUCGCCCCCUGAGAGAGCUGCGAUCCCAAACCUGGCUAAAUUAAUCUGGAAACGAUCAGCUGUCACCAGUCUGACGUGUUGAUCACAAACAAAUCUGAUUUUGAGAGGUGAUAUGCUGUUAGCGAUAUGAACGGGACGUUUUACGAGCAGCUCGGGGGUGUGGCCAAGAUGUUCGAGCAGUGGGGCACCUGCGAGCGGACGGUGGUGGCCUGCGCCCUCGCUCGAAGAGUGCCGUGGCCAGGGUUGCGGUUGGUUCAGAGAGCGGUGGAGGCAGCCCUGCAGAACCAUGUAGGGGAUGAGCGACUCGAGAGAGAUGCGAACGACGAAACGUUACUCGCCAGCCUCCUCGCGGCCAGAACUGAUGAACACGAUGAAGAAGACGGCGAACGUCUCAGACAGCUCCUUGCGCUGCUGCCUCUCCUCCGUACUGACAAUGAGCGUGCUAAGAAUGUGUACGUGUCGGCGACCCCCGGCCUGGUCCAGCGCUGUGUGGACUCAUCCAGGUCACCUGCAACCCCACACCUGUGUAGACAGCUGCUGUCCUACCAACUGGUACAUCCAGCCUUCACUGUACAUGACCAGAGAACACUGACGCAAUGGCUUCGCUAUUUAGAAAAUCACAUAUCUGGGAACAGAAACAGUGAGACACCGUGGCAGCAGCGGAUAGAACCGGCCCUGUUGCAGGACACGAACAUCUGGUCGGCCAACAACACCUUCCGCCGCACCAUCGGCAAGAACGUGGACUUCCGGGGGAUGUUGGACUCGUUGGAGCACGCGGCCUACACGGACGUGUUGCAGGAGUCCUUCUCCAAGAACGGCAGGGACGUGGAUAUCGGCCUGGACGGAGACGCCGCCCACUACGAGGCGCAGACCAAGUCACACCGGUCCAAUAGUCUCACGCCGCCCUCCACCAACUUCAUGCAGAUGUCCUCCUCGGCCGAGAACCUCAGCGACGAGCCGUUCGUCCAGAAACCGAGGAGCUUCUCGCUAUCCAGCGAGCACAGUCUGACUCAGCUGCGGCCCAUAGGGGUGACGUACGGAACCACCGGCAGCGAGACAAGGCUGGAUGACCUCCGGACCAACAACUUUGCGGAACAUCCCGGCAUGUCCACCGUGGGGCAGUGGCUCAAGAGUCUCCGGCUGCACAAGUACGUGUGGCUCUUCACCAACAUCACCUACGAGCAGAUGAUGGCCAUGGACGACAAGUACCUGGAGAAACUGGGUGUGACGAAGGGCGCGCGUCACAAGAUCCUGCUGUCGAUCGCUCGUCUGUCGGAGCGGCCGUCUAUCUUGGAGUCGGUUCGGAGUGAGCUGUCUUCAGGCCGGGUGUGCAGAGCUCUGGACCGUCUCCGGAGCGUGCUGCUCUCGCCUAUGCCGCCCGGGGACCUGCCCCGGGCCGUGGUCGCAGCCCUACAACACGCGUCCGAGUGUUUGUCGGGAGGCGCGGGAUCAGUGGUAGCGGAGAACGAGCCAGAGGCCGUUGACCCCAUGUCGCUGCAUUGCUGGCUCAUAGAGAAGGCUCUCCACCACGAGUCGUUCUCGUGUCCGUCUCUCCAGUCAUCUCUCCGCUGUCUCCGCCACCGCGUUCCGCCUCGACAGUUCUUCCACCUUGUGGGAGACGCACCUCACAGGAGACUCAAGCCCCGUUGGCGCGCCCCGGCCGCCGCCCGCCGCCGAUGGGCGCCGCCCGCCCGCGGCAAGUCCAACUCGUACCCGCCGUUCCCGCCGCAGGUCGCACCGCCGCCGCCCCACGACUACUCCAGCCUGGACGCGCUCUGCCUGCAGAUGACGGAGACGGCCAUCGACUAGGCCGCGUCCCGCACCUCCCGCACACCGACAGCCCGUCACUCGUUCCAGUAACAGUGCGUGACGUCACCGCUGACUGACCGCUGUGUGCGUGUGUGCGCGUGUGUGCGUGCGUGUGCGUGUGUGCGUGCGUGCGUGCGUGUCAUGAAUCGAAGCAUCACAUCGACAGUUGUUAUUGUAUUGGUAGUAUCGCCGGCGAGGUGGAGUGUCCGCGUGUGUAUAGUGUGUCUGUAAUGUUUUCGGUGCUAUGCGAACUGUUCGUGUGUGUCGGUCGUGUGUUAUGUUAGAGCUAGCGUUGUUUUAGACACACUGGGUAAUAUGGCAGAGCUUAUACGGUAGGUAGUACCGGCACGGGUCGGCCUAGCGACGGACGAGGCGGUCCGCUCGUACGAUAUAUAUAUAGAGAUAUAUAGAUAUAUAUAGAUAUAUAGUUAGUACUGACUAGCGGCUGUAAUGAACUGGGACUCAGUUCUCUGCGGCUCCGGUUGACUGGAUCAAUGUUGAUUGUAAUCUGUGCAAUGUUUCUGUUAUGUAAUGUGUGUGCGGUGUUGACGACUCUGAUGUAUUUAUUACACACUGAAUGAAACUAUUAUAUUAAUUUAUUGUUUUAUUUCUGUGCGCGUCUCGUGUGUGCGUAUGUGUGCGUGUGUGCGUGUGUGCGUGUGUGCGUGUGUGCGCGUGUGUGUGUCUGUCUGUUAGUUUCGUUCUUCGUUCUGUUCUCAUCUCAUCUGUGAUAAGUCGUUUCAUCUCUAUGUACAAUAUAUAUAUAUAUAUAUAAUAAAUGAAUAAUUUCACUUUUUGAAUUAUACAGAUAAUGUUAC